AUGUCAAGGGAGCGCAAGAAGGCAGCAGCUGCUCUACAGGAGAAGAUGCAGAUUCUGCGCUCCAUCACUCACUCCCACGCGCUGAGCAAUCCUUCCAUAGUCAUGGACGCGUCGGAGUACAUCAAGGGGCUGAAGCAGAAGAUCGCGAGGCUCAACCAGGAGAUCGCACGCGAGGAAGACGCGCACUCGCACAAGCAGAACUCUUUCCCCACGGUGAGCGUGGAAGCCCUAGGGCAUGGGUUCCUCGUGAACGUGUCCUCCGACAAGAGCUGCCCCGGGCUGCUCGUCGCCGUGCUGGAGGCGUUCGAGGAGCUGGGCCUCACCGUGCUCCAGGCCACGGCGUCCUGCGCCGAUACGUUCCGCCUCGAGGCCGUCGGAGGAGGAGAGGUACGUACAACCAGGCGGCGAGUGUGGAUGAGGAUGUCAUCAGGCGGGCGGUGCAGCACGCCAUCACCAACUGCGGCGCGGAGCAAGGGGAUCAGUAGCUAG